AGAAUCUUAAAACACAGUAUCUUAGGUUUAGCCUUCAUAGGAAUCGUCAGUUUCUUCCAAUUAGUCAUGUCAUUAACAUUUAUUUCACCAUUUAAUUUUGGUAUAAGACAUUCAGUCUUACGUAUGAUUCGAAAUAAUAAUAAUAGACCAGGUGGACGUGAUCCAACAGCAAUUGCAAGUAUGAUGAUUUUAACUUUUAUGAUUGUAGGUUUGGUGACGGCUAUCAGAGGGGUUUGGUAUUUUGUUAAAAGAUGUAGUCAUUGGGUUUUAAGAAAAGUUGAAGAUUCGGUUUUAGAUGUUCAAACUUGAAAUCCUUUUUUUCGUUGUUGUUUUCGUUUUUCGUUCUUGUUUCUGUGUGUGUCUGUGUGUGUUUUACAUCAUUAUUAUCAUUAUCAUUGAUUUGUGUCUGU